GCCACGAUGGAGCGCGACGGCUGCGCGGGGGGCGGGAGCCGCGGCGGCGAAGGCGGGCGCGGCCCCCGGGAGAGCCCGGCGGGGAACGGCCGCGACCCGGGCCGCGGCCACGCCGCCGAGGGGCCCGGGGAGCCGCAGGCGGCCGCGUCCUUGCUGGCCCCCAUGGACCUGGGGGAGGAGCCGCUGGAGAAGGCGGCGCGCGCCCGCACUGCCAAGGACCCCAACACCUAUAAAGUGCUCUCGCUGGUAUUGUCAGUCUGUGUGUUAACAACAAUCCUUGGUUGUAUAUUUGGGUUGAAACCCAGCUGUGCCAAAGAAGUUAAAAGUUGCAAAGGUCGCUGUUUUGAGAGAACGUUUGGGAACUGUCGCUGUGAUGUUGCUUGCGUUGACCUUGGAAACUGCUGUCUAGAUUACCAGGAGACAUGUAUAGAACCAGAACAUAUAUGGACUUGCAGCAAAUUCAGGUGUGGUGAGAAAAGGUUGUCCCGAAGCCUCUGCUCCUGCUCGGAUGACUGCAGGGACAAGGGCGACUGCUGCAUCAACUACAGCCCUGUGUGCCGAGGUGAGAAAAGUUGGGUAGAAGAAACAUGUGAGAACAUUAAUGAGCCACAGUGUCCAGCAGGGUUUGAAACACCUCCUACCCUCUUAUUUUCUUUGGAUGGUUUCAGGGCAGAGUAUUUACACACUUGGGGUGGACUUCUUCCUGUUAUUAGCAAACUAAAAACCUGUGGAACGUAUACUAAAAACAUGAGACCAGUAUAUCCGACAAAGACUUUCCCCAAUCACUACAGCAUUGUCACAGGACUUUAUCCAGAAUCCCACGGCAUAAUUGACAACAAAAUAUAUGAUCCCAAAAUGAACGCUUACUUUGCACUUAAAAGUACAGAGAAAUUUAAUCCUGAGUGGUACAAAGGAGAACCAAUCUGGCUCACAGCUAAAUAUCAAGGCCUGAAGACAGGCACGUUUUUUUGGCCGGGAUCAGAUGUGAAAAUUAAUGGAAUUUUCCCAGACAUGUAUAAAAUAUAUAAUGGUUCAGUACCAUUUGAAGAAAGAAUUUUGGCUGUUCUCAAGUGGCUGCAGCUUCCUCAAGAUGAAAGACCACACUUUUACACUCUGUAUUUAGAAGAACCAGAUUCUUCAGGUCAUUCAUAUGGACCCGUCAGCAGUGAAGUCAUCAGAGCUCUGCAGAGGGUUGACGACAUGGUUGGCAUGCUGAUGGAUGGUCUGAAGGAGCUGAACUUGCAUCGAUGCCUGAACCUCAUCCUUAUUUCAGAUCAUGGCAUGGAACAAGGCAGUUGUAAGAAAUAUGUAUAUCUGAAUAAAUAUUUGGGGGAUAUUAAAAAUGUUAAAGUUGUAUAUGGACCUGCAGCUCGAUUGAGACCCUCCGAUGUUCCAGAUAAAUAUUACUCAUUUAAUUAUGAAGGCAUUGUCAGAAAUCUUUCUUGCCAGGAACCAAACCAGCAUUUCAAACCUUACCUGAAACAUUUCUUACCCAAGCGUUUACACUUUGCGAAAAGUGACAGGAUUGAGCCCUUGAUAUUCUACUUGGACCCUCAGUGGCAACUUGCACUGAAUCCUUCAGAAAGGAAAUACUGUGGAGGUGGAUUUCAUGGCUCUGACAAUGCAUUUUUGAAUAUGCAAGCCCUCUUUAUUGGCUACGGACCUGGAUUCAAGCACGGCACUGAAGUUGACUCCUUUGAAAAUAUUGAAGUCUACAACUUAAUGUGUGAUUUACUGAAUUUGACACCAGCUCCUAAUAAUGGAACUCAUGGAAGUCUUAACCACCUUCUAAAGAAUCCCGUUUACACACCAAGACAUCCCAAAGAAGUCCGCUCCCUGGUCCAGUGCCCCUUCACAAGAACCCCCAGAGAGAACCUUGACUGCUCGUGUGCCCCCUCGAUUUUGCCAAUUGUGGAUUUUCAGACACAAUUGAAUCUGAGCAUGGCAGAAGAGAAGAUCGUUAAGCGUGGCACUUUACCCUAUGGAAGACCCAGAAUUCUUCAGAAGAACAGCACUGUCUGUCUGCUUUACCAGCACCAGUUUGUGAGUGGUUACAGCCAUGACAUCCUGAUGCCCCUUUGGACAUCCUACACUGUCAACAGAAAUGACAGCUUCUCUGCAGAAGACUUUUCCAACUGUCUUUACCAGGAUCUCCGAAUUCCUGUUAGUCCUGUCCAUAAAUGUUCAUUUUAUAAAAAUAACGCUAAACUGAGUUAUGGGUUCCUCUCCCCACCACAAUUAAAUAAAGGUUCAAGUCAAGUAUAUUCUGAAGCGUUGCUUACUACUAAUAUAGUGCCCAUGUACCAGAGCUUUCAAGUUAUAUGGCACUACUUUCAUGACACCCUACUGCAAAAGUAUGCUGAAGAAAGAAAUGGCAUCAAUGUUGUCAGCGGUCCUGUGUUUGACUCUGAUUAUGAUGGACGUUAUGAUUCCUUAGAGACUCUGAAGCAAAACAGCAGAAACAUCCGUAAUCAGGAAAUUCUGAUUCCAACUCACUUCUUCAUUGUGCUAACAAGUUGUAAAAAUACAUCCCAGACUCCCUCACAGUGUGAAAAUCUAGAUACCUUGGCUUUCAUUUUGCCUCACAGGACUGAUAACAGUGAGAGUUGUGCGCACAGGAAGCGUGAAUUCUUAUGGGUUGAAGAGUUGUUGAGGUUGCACAGAGCUCGGAUCACAGAUGUUGAACACAUCACUGGACUCAGCUUCUAUCAAGAAAGAAAAGAGCCAAUUUCAGACAUUUUAAAGUUGAAAACACAUUUGCCAACCUUUAACCAAGAAGACUGAUAUUUUUUAUUCCAAAAACAUACCAAAAAUCUUUUUGAAAGAACCUUCUGUUUUAUAUAUGCUCUAUUCACACUAUUGCAUUGUUUGGAAACUGUCAACCAGAGUUAGAACUGGGAAUCCUCUGUGAUACACGACCAUCUCAGGGAAACUUGUGGCCUCAGUAUAGCAGUAGGAAAGAGUUCCUAUUGAGUCUCGCACAUGUUUGAAUGUGUAAGAAUUGUUCAAAUUUGGGAAUAAAGAAAAACCAUACCGAAAACGGCUUUUCUACUUCUCUUAAGGGCAGAAGUAGCUGUGAACAUUGUCUGAAUACCAGGUAUUUGAAUCUUACUAUCAUUAAUAAACUUCCAUGGAGCUGGGAAACACUAGAAUAAUGAAUAGGAUUGGAAUAGUCCAUGUUUUGUUAGUUUCUUCACAAAUAUUAAAAAGUGAUUCUGCAUUCUUUUUAACUUGGAGUUUUAAUUAUUUGUAUUUUAAUUAGAAAAGUUAAUGGAAGCAAAAAUAUUUCUGAGGCCUUAUGUCUGUCUUUUCUGUAUAUCUCCUCAAAAGCCAAAAUAUGUAAUCCUGUGUUAUUUUUUAAUUGUGACUGGGUUUCUUCAGAUUUAAUGUCUCUUGCAAGGUAAACUUUCAAGGAAUAUCUAUAUUGAGUGUAUCUAUUAUAGACUUUUACUCUACGCUUGUACUGAAAAAGAAAAAUACUCCCUUCCUGCUCACUGGUAAUUAACAUAGAUUGAAAAUAACUACAAAAGUGGUUAUUUUAAACUAUUAAAAAUGCGUCUUAUCUUAGUGAAACUGCAGAGAGUUUGUCAACUCAUGCAAGGUGGCAGUUUUCCAUUUAGGUAGUAGGAAUGUUUUCCUCUGUGCACAAAAAUGACCCUACCAGUAGCAAAGCUAUACUGUUCAGAACUGUUCAUUUUGAAGUUUCAUCGAUUUGAAGAGAAUAUGUUACCAUCACUUCAUAUCUUCUUGGUGGUCAUGGUACAUGAACUUAUUUCUCAGCCUCAUAGACUAUAUACCCUUUAGUUCCAACCUGUGGACCUUCAAAAGCAACAUUCACUUUUAGGCUGCUUGCGUCUAAUUUGUGGGUUAUAUUAGUACACCAAAGGUCUGUAUUUGUCCUUCAUAUGAUACUUAUUCUUCAAAGAGAGCAUAGAAGCCACAAAGACCUUCAGAUAAUGCAAUUUGCAUUUGAAAAUUAUUUAAUAAUUUAGAAAGUUUCACUGGUUUUUAUUUUAGUUCCACAGAUCCCUGAGGUUCUGUAAACCUUUUCCCCCAGUCUGUUUUUUUUUUUUUUUUCCUGUUCUUCAGAUUGGGUAAUUUCUAUCAUUCUAUCUUGAAGUUCAUGGAUUCUUUCCUCUGUUUAAUAUAUUCUGCUGUUGAGCCCAUCCAUUGAUUUUUAUAUUUCAGUUAUUGUACUUUUUUAUUUUUAAAAUUUUAAUUUGGUUCUUUGUAUUUUUUAUUUCUUUGCUGAGAAUUUUCAACUCUUUUCUGAGACUCUUAUUUUUGCAUUUGUUUCAGAUAUAUUCAUAAUUGCUUACCGAAGCACUUUUACAAUGGCUGUUGUAAAAUCCUUGUAAAUAAUUUAGACGUGUGUUAUCUUUGUGUUGGCAUCUAUUGUCUUUUUUCAUGCAAAAAGAUUUUCCCAGUUCUUGGUGUAAUGAAUGAUUUCCAGUUGAAACCUGGAUAUUUUAAGGUAUUAUGGUAUGAGACUAUGGAUCUUAUUUAAACCUUCUCUUUUAGAUGACUUUCUCUAACAUCACCCUAGCAGGGGAGUUGGGAGCACUGCCUCAUUACUUGCCAGGUGUACUAGAGUCUAGGUUCAUGUCUCAGCCUCCAUUGAUCCUUGGGAUGAGAGGGAACCCUUGUUACUGGGCAUUCUGUUGAUGCCUCCCUGGCUAGAAUGUGCAGGGUACCUUCUUAUUGCUCCCACAUGGUCUCCACUGACACUGUGGAGAGGGGUGGCAGGGAAAGCUGUAUUAUCACCAGGCGGGGAUGAAAUUACCAGUUUCCUACUCAGUCUUCUCUGACACUGCCCUGGCAGAGGACUUGGCACCCCUCUUCACAGUCUGCAGAGCCUCAGCCUUUGUCGGCAUGGGUGGGGUCAGGGUCUUUUCUGUGGGGUUUGGCUGAGGUGGAGCAGUUAUUGUUUUCUCUCUUGCUAGCUACUCCUUUUCUGGUUCUUUGGCUGGAGAGAGAGCAGGUCUUUCUUGCGGUUUCUUUUCAUGUGUACUCAUUAUCGUUUCCAGGUUGCAGAUUUUUUUUGAAAACAAGUCUGGGAUACAUGAGCUAAGAAGAAGACCCAGGGGAACUCGUUAUGGUGUUGUUCCUUGGGUCCCAAGGUCCCUAGCCUGUCUGCCUUCUCCUUUCCAAAUCUUUCUGUUUUAUGUAUAGGAACCAAGCUUUUUAUCUGUACUUAGCAGAAUAUCUACUUCUUUGUAGAAGCGUCUCGUUGAUUUUUAUAUAUUUGUCAAAAUACAUGCAGACAUAAUUACCUUUAUGUAAAGCAUUUUAGCAGAUCUUAAUUAAAUGAAUAGAUGCCUCUCCCCUUUGCUGAACACCAGGAAUACAGAGAAAAACAAAUUGCAGUCCUUAUAGUGCUGGCAAGAGAGAGGAGACAGCAGAAGUGUCAAUGUUAUCAUGGAGCCACAGGCAGGGUGCUGGGGAGCAUAUGAAGGAGGCACAGUGCUGCUUGACAGGAUCAGCAGUGGCUUCCCAGAAGUGGUGACGGCUGAGCUAAGACUUGAAGGAUGAAUUGCAGCUGUUCAGGUGAAUAGGUAAAGAAGGGGCAUUCUGGCCUCCCUUGAAUGGAUAUAUUUUGGGCAAUUUUUCAUUUACUGCUACUUCUCAUAUUUUCUACAGGUGUCACUGUGACCAACUUACAAUUUGCAACUGUUUCAUUUUUCUUACUUUUGUUCAUCUUCUGUUCAGAAAGGAAAUGUCAGGCUAUAAAUUCUGUGUUGAUUCUUUGAAGGAAAAGGUGUCCACCUCUGUUCCUGCUUUCAGUUUUUCUUAUACGGUGUUCUUUUGUUUUCUUCUCUUGUCUUGAUGGAGACCCUUUCUUUCACUCUUUCAUCAACUUAAAACAUAUGACUCGUCUCCACGUCCCCAAUUUGAAUAGUAAAUUCACAUGAUCAUAUAUGGAAAUGUCUUUAUCUUAUUUCAAUAAAGUCCGUUCUUUGCUUUCAAAUGCGCAGCAAAACCUUUAUCCCUAAUUUUACUGCCAUGCCUCCAGUCAGUACUUCUUCAAUGAGGUAAGUAACUUCCAGACAAAAUGUUCUACCAGGCUAUUCGUGGCAGGGCAAAGAAUCAGGUGGAACUUAAAAAUAUUUCCAAGAAUCAGAGGAAAAAGACAAACCUUAUGGGAAAGAAGGCAAACGUUAAGGUCCCAGGGUAAGUAGACACAUAGACGACAACAAGGCCAGUUGGCCCGGUCGGUCCUGUUGAAGGAGAUGGGACAGACGGGGGUGUAGCUGAACCACUGAGUCCUCCAGAAGAGGCUCUAAACCCCCUUGGCUGUCUUUUGCCACUAGCAGGACUGUCCUGCCCAAAUCUGUGGUACGGGCUUAUCUAUAAUAGACGCUGUUGUUGGAACUUUGAAACCAAAUGUGGUUACGCUUCACACUGAAGCCUAUCACAGGAAUUUGGUGUGUGGGUGCUUUCAAAAGUUAAAUUUUAUCAUGGCUACAGUCCAAGGACAUUUUCCCUGAUUUUUGGUCAGUCUAAGUAUUGUAAGGUAGAAGAAAAAUCUAUAGAGUAUGUGUCUCUAAGCUAAAAAAUGUGGUUUCACAAAUAAAAGUUGUAUAUAUAGAAGCUUCGCUGAUUUCCUGUGUAGGUGUGUGUGUGUGUGUGUGUUUGGAAGGUGAGGGGCAGGGACGGGUGGCGGUGUUUCUGCAGGGAUUGAUACUGAGUGCAAAGGUUGUAGACAAUUAACCACAGCUGUGUUGUCAGAAGGCAAAAAAAGAUCCAAAGUUCAUUUCAGGUUCACAGAGUAAACAUCCAUUUCUGAUCUUGGACUAUAUAUAUGCAUUUUUGACUAUAUAUAUGCAUUUUUGACUAUAUUCUUGUUUCUGUUAUUUUAAUUACAUUUGGUCGUACUUCCAUGUAAAAAACAAGGGACAGACAUGUAUAAAUCUUCCACUACUUUAAAUGGUCUUAAAUCAGAGGGAAAGUCUCCAACUAUUGUAACUUCCAUAGAUUUUUCUCAACAUUAAAUUUUUGAAUUCAUCCUCUCCAUGAUAUAUAAACAGUGAAGAAAAAAUAAAAAUAUUUAAUAGAAAUUGUAUCCAUAUCAGAAACCAUAGAUGCAUAAAAUGUUAUAGUUUACUAAAAAUUAAAGAAUCUUUGGAAUAGAUAUUAUAUCCAAGGGAUGGCGAAAUGAAACAAUAUUUUUAAAAAGGCCUUUCUUUCAUCUCACCCCAUGUGGUUGUUUUAAAUUUAACUUCCUACUUGUCCCCAAAUCCUCAAUAAAAGGGGCAAUUUGAGGAUUUUAAUAAAAAUAUCUAAGACAUUACUUUUAAAACUCAUAUCCAAUUUCAUUAUAUAUCAGAAAUUCAAAACUCAAAAUUAGAAAAGACAUCAGCUUUCACAGAAUAGAGAUACAGAACAAUUUAAUAAAUACCAAGGAAAUGAGAUUGUUGUGGGACACAGGUGGUGGUGACACAGGUUGGUAAAAAGAAUUUACCAGAGAUGAAGGCUGAGAAUAGAAAAGGAGUUUAUUAGGUUUCGCUGCCAUAGACAACAGCGGGACACAGAGGUGCCUGUGUGAGCCCCGAGGGCUGGUUGUUGGGGUGUUUUAUAAGGUCGGGUCACAAGGUGCCUGAUCAGCUUGUGCACAAGGCUCUGAUUGGUUGUAGGUGAGGUAAGAGGUUUAGGGUCCGUGAAGGGCGGUGAUGUUUAUGGCUCUGAUAAGGUGGUUAGCAACAAGCCAGUCUGAGCUAUUGUGAGAUUAGGCAUUACCUAGGGUUAUUAGUCUGUUAGGGCAAACAUGCCCAGUAAAGAAUGUACUUUAUCUGUUGAGGAAUCACAGGCAGACAUCUGAGAGCCCAGGAAUGAGGGCUGUUGCACUUUGAAGGAUGUCACUUGGCCCCGCAGAGAUUUUUACAUCUCUUGAUAUUUUUGCCCCAGGUUAUUUUUCACUAUAAAAAUUUUUUUACACAUAUACUUAGAUGGCAUUGUGUUGGGUGUAACAAAAUGAAACAGGAGUCUAAGACGUGAAAAUUGAUAAAUUAGUAAAAACUUGAAAGGAUUUUAAAUAAAUGAGAACAAAAUUUUCCCCAUCCAAUAAGUGGAUCUCAUUGCUCAUAUUUUUGCAACUUAAAAAAAAAAAACUCAGAUAAAACCUACAAUUCUGAAUUCUCUAUCAUAAUCCAUUCUAUACCUUGACACAAUUUCACUGUUUUGAAGAGCUAUUUACUUUUAUUAAGGUCCAAACAGAAACAUGCUGCUAAAUCUGUGAGGCUUUUGUUUGUAUACUUGCUGUUUUUAAGACAACAGCACUAUUUAACUCAAUAGCACACUUUAAGACACUGAAACUAGAUUCGAUUCAAUUAGAUCAAGACUGACAAUGAAUUUCAAAGCUGUGCUUAUCUGUGUCAAGGAGCUUGGCAUUAGGGCGAAACUGGGGAACAGGACACAUGGGAUGCCUACCCCUCGGUGCUUAUCAAUGUCUUUUAUUUCAAGGUCUAGCCCCAGGCACAUGUCCUUUUGAGUCCUCUUCUCUGUACCCCUAAGGCACUGGGCAUGUGAUCAUACCUUCCAGACCUUGGAGAUCACAGAUAGGACGUGCCCUCAGGGCUAGACAUUGUUAUGUAGCUGCAGUCAACUGCUUGUAUGUGAAGUAAUUUAUUCCAUAACCUGUACACAAUGUUGUUAGAUGUUGUGUUCCUGCUAAGAAAUUGUACCCAGCCCUUCUUCUUCCUCAUGCUAGAUCCAAACUCGUGGCUUGCUAAAGGCAGUCUGCAACCAUACAAGGAAAUAAAAUAAUUUCAGGGUGGUGUGGUUGUAGGUAUGAAAGGAUUGUUAGCUUCCACCUGGGGCUUCCAGGGAGGCACCUGGCAGGAGCGUCUCUUAAAGAGAACACAUUACCACAAACCUUAUAAGGAAAUUGAGAAGUCACAAGAAGCUGUACUAACUAUGCUUUUCCCAGCCUGUGGUCUUCUGUUAAAUUUUCUAAGACUGUAUUCUUUGAGCUUAUUCCUGAAAACUAUAACUUUGAUAAGAUUUGUGUUAAGAAUGUGCUGUUUCACCAGGAGUACAACUCAGUACUGUAGGAUUUUCCCCCCAGUGGUGUAACUCUUAUUUGUCAUUUAGCAUGUUUCUUAAAUUGAUAGAUUCCUUUUAUAUAUUUAUUUGUUUUGUCUGCAGUCACCUGUCUUUGAGAACAGAAAUAAUCUUUAUAUCCACUGUUUCUAGCACAGUGCCUGGUACAUAGUUGCACAAUUUAAAAAAUGCCCAGAUGAAUAAAAACCAAUGAGAUGGUCCUAGCAAAACAUUCAUUGAAGAUAACUAAGGAAUCACGGGUUCCAGAAAUGCACCUGGAGGACAAUCUCACUGAAAUUAAUUAUUCUUUAUCCCUAGUUUUUAAGUGCCAGAUGGAAUUUUCAUUUGGAUGUUUUUGAAAAAGAGUUCUUUCAUAGAUUUCCUAGUCCACAAGGCAGAAUUUUUAAAAAAUAAUAAAAGAUCAAGAGUGUCUUUCAAGGACAUUCACAGUUGUUUCAUUGACUGCAUCCUGUGGAAAGUAUGAUGCUUGGUGAAUUGAAGGUGAAAGAAGGAACUUUGAAGCAUUUUGACAUGUCAAACGAAAACCUCUCCACAAAGCACACAGUGUUUUUCCAGUAACAAGCUGCUGUCAUAAACAUUCACUGGCAAAGGGAAGAGAUGCAUGGGACUGUCACUCAUGCUAGGCAGCCCAGGCACCAGGUGCACAAACCAUUUUUUUAACCAGACAGGCUAGUUGUGUUUUAUCCACAGGGUGCCACAAAGGCCUGGGGCAAACCAGACUGAACCGGCUAGAUCCAAGAUGGCCGACAAAGUAGUCUAAAGAUCAAUUCUUUCCUCGCCUUGAUUUAUCUCUGUGUUUCCAUGCCAACCCCUGAGAGCUGAAGGACACUUGCCCUGACUCAUUUUUGUGCUUGUUUCAAAAGUACCUGGUGUUUGACAGAGAUGCUUUGCAGCUGUACUUGGAGAGAUAUAUGCACCCUGAACUGGCUCUGACCUGACCACAGAACACGCCUGCCAGGAUGAGACCUGGAGGUGUCUGACAGUUACCUUUGCUUCAUUACCAUGCUAAGAUCUCCACGCAAAGAGGGGAUUUGAAUCCUGCUGGCAUAAUUUGCAAAGGAUCAUGGUGGAAAGUAUGUGCCCUGGCUGCCUCUGGAAAUCUCCACCCCUUUCCUGGAGCCCGAUGACCUGUCUGCCUCCUGAUCCUUAAAAUUCCCUUAGUCCCCUCUGCUGGGGGAGGAGGUGCUUUUGGUGCUCAAGCUCUCCUCCAUUCUCCGGCCAUUGAAUAAAAGCACGUGUUGCUUGCA